AUCGAUAGUCUGAACAAAUAUCGAUUUAAGUUCUAUGUUUACGUGUAUUUAUUUUUGAUUUAGUUUUGUUUAUCAAUAGAACUUAUUAAUUAUGACAAACCUACAACGUUGGCUGUUCUACGCAUCGCUCUUUGCGGUUCCCUACCUUUCAAUUGUUUUGGGAACAGUGCAAACUCAAUUUACAAACAAGUAUUUUCUUCAUAUUCAACUUCUACCUCUUUUGCUGCUCGUGCUUUUUGGUAUCUAUUCCGUUUGGACUGUUCUCUAUCGAACUCUGACCUUUAAUGAUUGCCCUGAAGCCGCUAAGGAACUGCAGGAUGAAAUUCUGGAGGCUCGUAAAGAUUUAAUAGCAAAGGGAUUCCGGUUUCGCGACUGAUGGAAUGAGGACACUUCGUCCUUUAAGGACCUGUGCAUGUUAAUCUGUAAUUCCAUUAUUUAUAAAAAUUCACGCAAAUGUA